UCCCGACCCGCGUUGAUCUGGUCUGCCUGAUCCCAUACCUCCGGGGGGAGGGACAACAGCGCCGAGGCGACAUGACUGAUUAAGCGUUCAGAGGGUCCAGAUAAGCCCUGAUGAAUCUCAUUACGGGAGGGAGACGGGCUGUCCUGUUUGCAAACUUUGUUAUUAUUGUUUCUCUCUCCCCCCCUUCCCUGCUAUUCUGUGUCCUCCUUCCCCGCCCUGCCCUGCGGACCCCCAUCUCCACUCCUCCUCCUCCCCUCCUCCCCUUUCCCCAUCCACACCCAGCGGCUAGAAGGGGACCUGGAUGGCCGUGGCUGAAGGCGGCUGGUGCGCGGUGAAGCGGUGCGCUGCGGACGCCGGUGUUCCCUCCUGCCCCUUCGCCACCAGGGAGCCGCGCCCGUCUCCUCCUUCGCCCCCCUCCUCCUCGUCUUCCUCCGGCUCCCAGGGUGAACGCGGCUCUUCCAAGACUCCUCGGCCGGAGACCGACGACAGUCACCGGCCGGCCCCGCUGCCGCCCCCCGCCGCCGAAGGCAGGUCUCUACUCGCCCCCUACGUGCACUUCGGGGCCCCCCACCCCUCCGGCCGGCUCAGCUGGGAGGACAUUCUGCUCUUCGCGGACUUAGACCAAACCAACAAGCUGAUCUGGUCCAGCCGCGGCCCCAAGCUGAGCGCCCUCGGCGCCGAGCAACCCGAGGAGAUGUACCAGACCCUCGCCAUCUCGGCCACCCAGGGCCCCACGCCUUACGACGGAUCUCCGGGAGGCUUCAUGCACUCCACGCCCAGCUCGCCCGUGUACGUGCCCACGACCCGCGUGGGCUCCAUGCUGCCCACGCUGCCGUGCCCCACCGCCUCUCCCUUCUGCCUCCCAGAGCUGCUGGAGGACCUGUCCGAGAGCCGGGAGUGCGUCAACUGCGGCUCCAUCCAGACCCCGCUGUGGAGGAGAGAUGGCACCGGCAACUACCUGUGCAACGCCUGCGGGCUCUACACCAAAAUGAACGGCCUCAGCCGACCCCUCAUCAAGCCCCAAAAGAGAGUGCCUUCCUCGCGGCGGCUGGGCUUGUCCUGUGCCAACUGCCACACCACGACCACCACCCUGUGGCGCAGGAAUGCGGAGGGUGAGCCCGUCUGCAACGCCUGCGGCCUCUACAUGAAGCUCCAUGGGGUUCCCCGACCUCUUGCUAUGAAAAAAGAAGGAAUUCAGACGAGGAAGCGAAAACCUAAGAACAUAAAUAAAUCAAAGGCAUGCUCUGGUAACAGUACUACUGCAGUUCCUAUGACUCCAACAUCCACAUCUUCUACUAACUCAGAUGACUGUAGCAAAACUGCUUCUCCCAGCGCACAGACUGCGGCCUCCGGGGCGAGCUCGUCAGUGAUGUCUGGCCCGGGAGAGAGCACCAGUCCAGAAAGCAGCAACCUUAAGUAUUCAGGUCAAGAUGGGCUGUACACAGGAGUCAGCCUGACCUCCACGGCUGAAGUGACAGCAUCUGUGAGACAGGAUCCCUGGUGUGCCCUGGCUCUGGCAUGACCCGAUGUGAGGGAAGCUGGAUCCUGGUGCUGCACGGCAGCCCCCAGAUGUCCACACACAGUUUCUCCUGUGGAGCGGUUGCAGCAGAAGCAAGAGUGCUGGCAAAGACCAUUCCUCUGAAAUAGUUUUUGAGCCUUGGUGGCAGAGGUGUUUUUCAACCUCUGAAAGAGGCUCUGCCAAAGCAUCCAGUUCCUCAUCUAUGCAAGAAAAAUAUAGGGAAAGCAAAUGACCACCGGGGGAUAGCUAAUGCAGCCUUACAAUCUCAAAAAAACCCUCAAAACCCCCAAAACAAAAAAAAAAAAAAAAAAAAAAAAAAAAGAAAAAGAAAAAAAAACAUAUAGACCUAGACCUAUUGACGGGUUCCAGAAAUACAUCUUCAACUUACCCAGCAGCGCUGCCUUUCUGAUUGCGUAGUUGUUUUCACUCUCUCAUCGCCUUUUCCCCUAAGAAUUUGGUGGAAGCCGUCAUUGUCGGGGAGGAAGUAGCAAAGACUUUAAUUACCAGAGAUAGUGAGAUACUUUUUAAUGAGUGACAGAAGUGCGUGUGGCUUGAGUCGGCACAGACUUCUUGCACUGAACAUUUGAUAUCUUCGCCCUGUCAGACCUCUUCCCUCCUUUGCCCUCCAUCUUCAGUGUGCCUUGCUCUGCUCCUCAGAGCCCAGCUAUGCCCCUGGAAGAAAUCACAAUGUUUGGUACAAGUCCCACAAGGUCCAGCUGGUUAAGGAGAUUUUGGGGUUGGUUUUUUCCUGGUUUAAGAUAUUUACUCACUUUGCAAGACUACGAUAUAACUUUUAAAGUACACUGUGACUGAGAUUUAUGAAAGUUCAUAUUUUCUGGCUGAACUGUAUAGAGUCAGUCAAAAUUUGUAAACAGGGUAGCAAUCAGAUAUUUUUCUUCCAUAUAUACAAUAAUUUUUUUAAAGAAGUGCAAUUUGCGUUGCAGCAAUCAGUGUUAAAUCAUUUGCAUAAGAUUUAACAACGGUUUUUAUAUGAAUGAAUGUAAACAUUUUAACUUAAUGGUACGUAAGUAAUUUAAAAGAAAAACUUAACUAGGCAUCCUUAGGCUUUUUAGCUCAACAAAAAUGCAUCCACUUUCUGUAUUUCCAGUUGUUAAAGCAAGAGUUUCAAAGAACAAGCCUUCUCUCAGGAAAAUUGCCCUAGCCAUUUGCUCAAAAGUGUUGUACAAAAAUGCAAAUGCAUCCCCAAGGCUUUUUUUGCCAUUGAGUAACUGUGUGCUGGAAAGAAACAAAUUGCAAUGAACCUUUACUACCUAACUGAUAUAUUUGUAAAUACUACAAAUCUUGAAGGCAUCUUGAAAAUGUAAGAUGCAAUCUGUAUAGUGUGACUGACAUAUAGUUAGGUUGGUUUCCAUUGGUUUUUAAGUGGGAUGUCAUUUGGAAAGUUGUUUCAUCAGAGCUUUAAAAAUAAAAGGGUAUCAUUUUGAGAUUUUUUUUCCUGUACAGUGUGCCUUCUCCUUUGUCUCAGACACAAUUGUUACGCUACAUUAAAAGCUAUGGAAAUGUACCUGAUACAGGUGGCAUGUCUGAUGGCUCCCCAGAGGUCUCCAGCUGAAGUGCCUGCUCUGUCUAUCUAAGUCUGCCUUGUGUGUGGCUUUUCUGCAGCUUCCCUCAAUAUACCCUCUGAUGAUAUGUAAAACUAGGGCCUUCACCUAUGAAUAUAAGCUUGACAUGGGCAUAUGUGAGAUUUUUCUGACGUCUGGGCAACUGAACCCAUGCCCUGUGAGGACUGUCAUGGUUUUUCUUGGCCUUCACACCGUAGCUAAAGGGUCUACCCAGUGAUGAGUGGGCAAAUACCAGAAUGUCACCCACUGUAGACACAGCUGCUGAGUGGCAGAGCAUUUGUGUGCCUGCUGGCAUCCUCCAGUGACCAAAGGUGAAGGGCACCAAAAACUGAUGGCACUGCUGCUGAAAAGAGAAGACAGUGAAUUUUAGAUACUGAGGGAAGUGGAAAACCUUCUGCUGGCUCUGAGAACUGGUCCUCUUUCUUCAUUGCUCAGCUGACUGGAGCAAGACUUACUGCCAUGUAUGACAUUUCCAGCUGUGUCACCAGUACUGUUGGACUUGGAAGCCAGGAUGCCCAACCUCCAUACCCAGUGACCUGCAGAGUGGCUGCAAUGCAUCUUUUUGCCUCUCUGUGCCAGAUCUUUUUUUAGGUGAAUUGUGGUAGCUCCUUGGCCUGCAGUGAAGCUGUGCUGACUUGCACCAGCCAAGAAUCUUCCCCUUGGUUUUCAAACCUCGCCAUUGAGGCUACCUCCUUACCCCGGGGGUAUAGUGAGGACCAUGGAAUGAAUGAUGCUGUACAGCCGCAGCAGGAAAACAGCAAAAAGGAGUCAGGCCAAGCCUUACCUAGGGUUUAAGUUGAUGUGGCCAGCCAGGAGUGGGGAUCACUCACCCUUCCUGGCGUGACCUUCGUGCCACACUUGGUACUGGGCUACCUCACAUCCUUGCUGCCUGUGGGUUGAUAUGGCCAGGUACCCCAGCCCUGCUAGCCCGGGGGCCUUGGAUCUUGUGGUUUACAAAAAUAAAUACCUAUCUAAGUGCAAGGUGAGCCAUGAAGAGAAACACUGGGUUUAGAAAGCAACAGAUGUGGAGAAGAGGGUGAAUAUCCUUCGUUUUGAAGCGUUUAUUGACUAAAAUGCCCUUACUUGUGAUUUUCCAGUAAGCUGUUGGUAAGUGGUGUUGCAGAGUGUUCCGCCUUAGCUAGGGUCGGCAUCCUUUUUUAUUUCCCUUUUUCUUACCAGGGUGAAAUUUGGUGUGCCAAUUCUGAAGAGCCUAGCACAUAACUCAUACUUGCUGGGUAUGUCAGAACUGCGUUUCUUGGAGUUAUCAUAAAACAGGAGGUUUAGAGCAGCGUAUUCCAGUUUUGUGCUGCUGGUUGCUGAUGCUCUUGCUGGCUGCCUGUGGAAGGCCACAUUGCUUUGAAACCCUGUGGCACAGUUUAAGAGCACUCCUAGGAGGCCCUGCUCCCUUCUCAGCACCACCUUGACCCAGGGUCUAUCUUAGGGUGGUUCCUACAGUCUUGCGGGGAACAUAUGAACCUUCCUCUUGGAUCUGACGAUGAAAAUGCUCUUUUAGGGGGAAAAAACCCAUAGAAAACCCCCAAUAUUUCAUAGGGAAGGUAUUUCCAAUUUUUUUUUCAUCAACAAAUCAAGAAUGGA